AUGAAGCUGACAUGCCUCAGCAGCAACCCAAGUAAGCCCUGCUUCGUGCUCUACUUCAAGGGGGUUAGUCUCAUGCUCGACUGUGGCCUAGACAUUGGACAGAUUCAGCAUUUCCUCCCUUUAACCGUUAUACCCGGUUGCCAGAUCUCCAAAGUUCGGACAUGGAAUCCAGGUGUUGACAGAAAGUCAAAGCUAGGGGAGGAUGUGUGUCAGGAGUUGAAGGAGUGCGGCGGUCGUGUGUUUGUGGAUGGAACACCACAGUUCCUCACUCCAGAGGUAAACAUGGUGGAUCUGAGCCAAAUUGAUGCCAUUCUGAUCUCCAACUACUCCUGUAUGUUGGCUCUCCCCUACAUCACAGAGUACACAGGGUUCCGGGGGGUUGUGUACUGCACGGAACCCACCCUGCAGAUAGGAAGGCAGUACAUGGAGGAGUUGCUGACGUAUGUGGAGAGGAACCCCAGAGCUCACAUAGCCACUCGCUGGAAACAGCAGGAAAUACUCAAGAACUUGCCAACCCCUUUGAAGGAGGCUGUCAAGCCAAGUGUGUGGAAACAGUGCUAUACCCUGCAGGAUGUCGAGUCCAGUCUGUCACGGGUACAGAUUGUUGGCUUUAACCAGAAAACAGAUAUAUUCGGCUCGAUGAAAGUGAUGCCGUCCAGCUCGGGGUACAGCCUGGGCAGCUGUAACUGGGUCAUUCAGUCAGCUCAUGAGAAGGUGUGCUAUGUGUCGGGUUCUUCUACACUGACAACUCAUCCAAAGCCCAUGGAGCAAGCGCCGUUACGGAAUAGCGACAUCCUCAUCCUCAGUUGCCUGACUCAGACUCCACUGGCCAACCCCGAUCCGAUGAUAGGGGAGUUCUGUGUCAAUGCAGCUGUGACGAUAAAAAAUGGGGGUAAUGUACUUGUCCCGUGCUACCCAUCAGGCGUGACCUAUGACCUGUUCGAGUGUCUGUCAGGUCACAUGGACCAGUGUGGCCUCGCCCACGUGCCUCUCUACUUCCUGUCUCCAGUCUCCGACAGCACACUGGCAUACUCCAACAUAUUCGCAGAGUGGUUGUCCCAAUCCAAGCAGUCUAAAGUGUAUUUGCCUGAGCCCCCCUUCCCACAUGCAGAGCUUGUCAGCCUGGGAAGACUGAAGAACUUUAAGAGUGUCCAUGAUGGUCUUGGCACAGACUUCAAGACCCCAUGUGUGAUGUUUGCCGGCCACCCCUCCCUGAGGCUGGGGGAUGCUGUCCACUUCAUAGAACUGUGGGGCAAGUCUGCCAGCAACACCGUCAUAUUUACAGAGCCUGACUUCCCAUAUUUAGAAGCACUUGGACCAUUCCAGCCCUUAGCGAUGAGGGUGUGUUACUGUCCGAUAGAUACCAGUCUCAGCUUUGCCCAGGCCAACAAACUCAUCAAAGAUCUGCGUCCGCUUCACCUUGUAGUUGCUGAAACUUACACCUCACCUCCGUUGCUCGCCCCGCAGAGGACAGACCUCACCAUAUCAUGGGAACCAGCGCCCUUGACAUACAAGCGAGGGGAGAUCCUGUCUCUGCCUAUCAAGAGGCAGUAUGAGAAUGUUCACCUCCACCCAGAGUUGGCUGAAACUUUGGAACCAAUGGAAGUUAAACCAGGCACUGCUAUAUCUAUGGUAACAGGUUUCCUGGAGGUUAGGGACAACAACUACGUUUUGAAGCCCAUACAGAAGGAUCCUGUCCCUGGUGACAAGCGUAAGCUGGAUGGAUCAAAGUCCAAGUCCUAUUUGUUUGGAUCCCCCAACAUUCAGUCAUUCGUAGAUGAUCUUGGCAAGGCGGGUGUCUCCUGCAUCAAGGUGGAGGAGACCGGCAGUGGAACCAUCAUUCAUCUGCCCAACGAUGACACCCUGAUUCAGCUGGAGAGUGAUUCCACUCACAUUAUCUGCGAGGGAGAUGAAUCCAUCAGGGUCAGACUCAGAGACACCCUCCUGAAGUGUCUCCAGAGAUUGUGAGGACUCCAUGAAACAUCAUUUAUGAUGUCUCCGAGAUAAUAACAGUUACAAUGUCUCAGAGAUUUCAGAGAAGUCAAUGAGAUAAUGGUUACAACAUCUCCAGAGAUUGUGAGACAUCAACAGUUCCAAUCGUCUCCAGUUAUUAUUACAACUCAAUCAGACAACUGUGGCAAUGUCUCCUGGGACUGUGAGACAUCAAUGGUUACAAUGGCUCCUGGGACUGAGCGAACUCAUCAGUUAUCUCCUGGGUCAGAGACACAAACAUCGGACUGGGUGUCUCCAUGCAUCUGACAAUCAUUUGAUUGUUUGAUAAGAAUAUGCUCUCAGAACAAUAUCUUUUUCUUGAUACGGCUCAAGGUCAUAAACCAAGAAAUACAUACCAGGGCCUAGACUUUUUAAGCUCUUAGGGCUACCAUAGUCAUAAGUGCCAUACAUUAACAUUAACUUACGACUAUCUUAGAGCUAAGAGAGCUUGAAAAUCUAGGCCCAGAACUGUACAUGUGUACAUAAUAAAGUGCUAUGUAUUAUAGCUUUUUGUAAA